AGUACGAGUACAAUCGAAAGCAGAAAGUUUGGGAUCCCAACGAAAGACACACACGCGAGGACACACUAACGGAGGGCGUUGUGGGCCUAGUGGGCAUUGUGGGCGUGACGGCGAUUGUGACUGGUUUGGCAUCGAAAAAGGUACGUUCCAAUAUCGCAAAGAUUUUUGGUCGGCCACCAGCCGCACCCAAGCCAGGACCUCGUGCCCCGCGGCCACUGCUGCGAACCCUGAAUCCAUUGUUCACCUCUCCAUAUGACAAAAAGUCCAGCACAGCGUCUGGUAACGAGCCCAUACAACCAUUGAAAUUGACUGCAAGCACAUUCGAUCGACAAGCUCCUGCGGCCGAGGCCGAGGAACAGUUGACUGAAGAAGAAGCAGAAGCAGAAGCUACAAAAGCAGCGAAUUCGCUACUGGCCCGCUACCUGAACGCAUCAGUUGACCAGUAUCCAAAGCAUCCAAUUGAUUGGUCGGAAGGUUGUGCUAAAGCUAAGCUAACCACCGCCCUACGGUUCCGGAGUAUUGUGGCACCAGAAGAGCAGCCCCUAGCACCCGUAACCGACAGCAGUACCCCGUCAAGUCCGUGUGGCAGCGCCCAACUAGCGUCAUUGAAAUUAGCUGCAAGCCAUUUUGAUCAACAAGAACAGAACAUAACUGAAGAAGAAGCGGUGGUUGCAAAAGCAUCGGAUUCGCUACUGAACCGCUACCUGAACGCAUCAGUUGGCCAGUAUCCAAAGCAUCCAAUUGAUUGGUCGGAAGGUUGUGCUAAAGCAAAGCUAAAUUUAAAUUUGUUUAAAAACUCGAACUUAGUAGCAGCUGAAAUAAGUCGAUUGGAAACUUCUAAGAAUUUGGAACAAUUUGCUGAGACACAGCGACCAACAGUGACGCCUGAAACGUUGGAGUUAACAGUGCCUGGAACAGUGGAAGUAACAGAAAUAGAAACAGCUAACACAGCAGUCACCACUGGAAACGCGGACAUAGCAGCUACCUGUGUAAAAGCCGACAUAACAGAUCCCACUGUAAACGAAGAUAUAACAGCCUCCGCUGUAAAAACGGGCAUAACAGUCCCCACUGUAAACGCCGCCAUAACAGCGUCCGCUGUAAAAGCAGAUAUAACAACGGCCGCUGUAAAAGCAGAUAUAGCAACACCCGCUGCAAAGGCAUAUUUAACAGCCCCCGCUGUAAAAGCAGAUAUAACAGCUACCGCUGGAAACGCGAAAAUAACAGCUACCUCUGAAGAAGCAGACAUAACAAAUACCGCUGAAAAAGCGAACAAAACAGCAAUCGCUGGAAAAGAAGACAUAACAGAAAGCUCGAAGUUAUCAGAGCGCGUUCAAUAACAGACAAAGAGAAUAAGCAACAGACCCACACAACACCAACACCAACACCAACAGCAACAGCCACAGACCGGACACGAACGAUAACGAUCGGAAGAGCAGCCGAUCGUUUGAUGAUGACGAAUUUCAGUAAACAGCAAUAAAGAGAGAAGAAAGCAACAUCCAGCAGCAGACUAAGAGCACUGUCAUGUCAGACAAGAAGAGCACAAGACCCGAAGAGAAACCACAGCCCGAAACAUUUUACGCGGGCAGGGGGUCAAGGCAAAUCGGUAAGAGAGAAGAUCCAACGGAGCCACCAACACCGCUCCUACCCCCGACACCCGAAGAGAAAUUCCUGAAGAGACAAGCACCGCGAGAGCCAAAGCCUGCCCCCAAGAACGAUGAUGAGCAACCAGCGUCAACGCUGACACGGCCGCGAGUCGGCUCCAGCCGAGUGGGCAGCUCCGUGCUGAUAGGGGCCCCCGAUGAACUGCUCGAGGCAUACGAGCAGGCGGUGCUGGAGGCCGAGGCCGAGGAGGAGAGCCAGCAGAGCGAGAACGAGCGUCGUGAAUCGCAGCGACGCGGCCGCGUCCGGAAGCUCAGUCCACUCUCGACGCUCGAAGCCGUGCGUGACGGCCUCCUAUUCAUAUUCGGCAAAUUCCUAAGACUUGUACGGCGCCUCGACAUGCAUGGAGGCGGAACCGGGAACAACAUCAACUUUGUGGAGGGGCUCAUCGACUUCCUGGCGGGCUCUUUGGGCGGGGCCGCACAGGUGUACGUCUCGCAGCCGCUGGACACUGUCAAGGUGAAGCUGCAGACCUUCCCGGAGGCCUACAAAGGAAUGUUCGACUGUUUCGUGAGCACGUAUCGAAAGGAUGGUAUAUUCCGGGGCCUCUAUGCGGGCUCCCUGCCCGCCGUGGUGGCCAAUGUGGCCGAGAAUUCGGUUCUCUUUGCCGCCUACGGAGGAUGCCAGAAGUUUGUCGCUUUCAUGGUCAAUAAGGAGACAACCAGCCAGCUGACGACCACCCAAAAUGCCUGUGCCGGCUCCCUGGCCGCCUGCUUCUCCACGCUCACCCUCUGCCCCACGGAGCUGAUCAAAUGCAAGCUCCAGGCCCUGCGCGAAAUGAAGCACUAUAUUGAGCCCAGUCAUCCGCAGGAUAUGCGUACGCCCUGGUCCCUCACGCGGUACAUCUGGCGCACGGAAGGCUUGCGCGGCUUCUAUCGCGGCUUGAGCUCGACAUUCAUGCGUGAGAUGCCCGGUUAUUUCUUCUUCUUUGGCAGCUACGAGGGCACCAGAGAAUUUCUGCGCAGGAACAAUCAAACCAAGGACGAGAUCGGACCAUUGCGCACUAUGGUGGCCGGGGCCAUUGGCGGCGUCUGCCUGUGGACCUCCACGUUUCCCGCCGACGUGAUCAAGAGCCGCAUCCAGGUGAAGAACCUUAACGCCAGCAUGUACGCCGUCGGUCGUGAGAUUGUACAACGCGAGGGCGUUCUCGCACUCUAUCGCGGCCUGCUGCCCUCCGUUCUCCGCACCAUACCGGCCACGGCCACGCUCUUCGUCGUCUACGAGUACACCAAGCGAGCGCUACAUGGCACCCUCUAGUGACGCGUGGGGCCGCGGGCGGUCUUCGUCGUCGUCGUCGUCGUCGUCAUCAUUCAACAACUCUGCCAUAACUCUGUCACGCAUAUUUUUUUGUUUCGUUUAGUUAGAUAAUUUUUAGAUAUUAGUGGCCUGUCUGUGUACAUUAUUCAGAUAUCAUAUGACUGACUAUAUAUCCAUGCUGUUGCAA